AUGACUGUAUGCGUGGAUUCGUGACCUUUAAACUCGGGUUUAGUGUCUUUUAUUACUUUACAGGAAAGAGAUCAAGGGUUCAAAACCACCAUGCGGACCACGGAGAGACUCUCAGGAACUUUUCACAGUGGAAGUUCACACCUCCUUUUCAGCAGCCUGUGAUUUAACCUGUUCUUUUUUCUUUCUUUUUUUUGAGCGACUUUAAUCAGCCCACCUUAAUGCAUCAUGCGAAACUGCGGCAGCGCAUGACGUAGACGUUUGUUCAUGAGUUGGUGAAGCUGCUGAGGGAAGUUGUUCACAGAGCCUCUCCUAUCUGCCGGGGUCUCCUUACCUGGGUUGCGCGCCACUCCCAGCCGGUGCAGAGCGUCUCCGCAGGGCAGGCCCCCCGCUGCUGUCAGGAUGGGGACACCUGGAUCUCCGCCUGCUUGGAAAGCCACGAUAUUCCUCUUAAACCUCAUCUCAGCUGCUGUGGCCAAAAGACACGUGGUGUUUUGGAAUUCUACAAACACAAGGUUAACAGGAGGAGAUCUGUCCAUCCAGGUAAAUCUGAAUGACUACCUGGACAUUUACUGCCCACAUUACCCCAACAAGGGGAGCCAUGGCCUCGAGCAGCCGGAGACGCUGGCUCUCUACCUGGUGGGAGAGGCCUCUUUCCAGGGCUGCGUAGAGACCAGAGGGGCCAUCAAGAGGUGGGAGUGUAACACGCCUUACGCUCCGUUUGGACCAGUACGCUUCUCUGAGAAGAUCCAAAGGUUCACCCCGUUCUCGCUGGGGUUUGAGUUUCUUCCAGGGCGACACUACUACUACAGCUCUCUACCGGCAGAUGAAGGCCCUCCUCUGCCAUGUAUGAAGUUGCGUGUCACCGUGUGCUGCGAGCCCACAUCAGAGGGUUCAAAGCAAAUACAAGAAACUGUACGUGGAAGUGGCGCCUGCUCACUGAGGAUAGCUUCCCCUCCACUCCUCCUCACCCUCGUCCUCCUCCUGCUGACUACCUGACUUCACCCUCUUCCGUCCGUCCUCACCGCCGACCUCGCACCCGUUCCCUGCCGGGAGCCGGGAGACAUUUACUCGGAUGUUCAAGUACACAAUGCAAUCUACGCUCAGACAGUGAAUGACACGAUGCAAUCUAUGCUAAGCUACUGCAAAUGACACACACAUUACCUUGUGGCCGGUUUACCUGAGAAAGACUCGGUGCGACUUCUCCAGAACGGGGCCACAGUGACUCAGGGACCGACACGCCGAAUCACAGUGAUUCAUGUCUUGUUGUUUUUCUUCUCCCACCACCCGUUGUGUAAGUAGUAACACAGAAUAUCACUCGUAGGCCUCGUCAUAUCCUCCUCUGAUGCCAGGAGAACAAUGAGUCUGUCAGGAAUCGUUCCAAACAAGUUCUCUCACUUUUUCAUCUCUGUUUCUCAUUUUCUACUCGUUGUUUUGCGUUUACUCCUUCUCGAGGACCUGCCUUUUUUUAAAAAAGUGGCCAAAUGAACAUGUACUACUGUACAGAGUGGCUCAGGUUGGAGGGCAGUCAUUAAGCUGGUGGCUUUUGUUUCUUCUUUACAUUGUUAGACAUAAAUAAGUGACACAUUUUUAACCGUGCCAUUUGCAUCUGAUUAAAGUAAACAUGGUAAACUUUUUCGACUAAUUAGAUUUUGGAAAUAAAGGUGUUUUAGGAGGAAAUGUUGGAAUAUUCUGGAAUAGUCAAGCAGGGUUCCUGCGCCCCCUACUGGGAUCAAACUGGUUUAACUGGAGUUGGACUGGGCUGGCCAGAAACUCAGAAACUGGACACUAUCUUUGUGGUGCUGUGUGGUGAUAAUGGGACCUGGGACAGAGUUUGUCCUCCCUGAUCGGACCCCCUGUUGUUGUGCCCCCACCUCCACCCUUCUCCCUGCUUCAGAAUAAAGCACAGAACAGAGGGGUUUAUGGGUAAAGAGCAUCAGCUUGCCUCGCUCCACUGAACGGACCACUGAGGGGGCUGAUUGGUUGAUGCUUGUGGUGACCAACCAGGUGUGUAGACAUGCACACAUGCUUUUUGUUCCCUUUUAUGUUGCUGUUGUCUUCCUUUUUUUUCUACAUGAUCCUUAAUUUUAGGUUUUACUGUGUAGUGAUUAUAUUCUGCAAAAUGAGAGAUAUAUAACUAUACGAUUCAGUGUUUUAGUGGCAAAUGAUCUCUGAUAAAGUCCAAAUGUCUGAUUAAGAAAUUAUUUUUGUGGCACACACAAACAAUCAUUUAUAUUCUGGAUAAACAUGUAUUUACUGGUAUUGUCAAUACGCUUUGCUACAAUGUAGUUAAAUGAUUUGUUGUUAUUUGUUUUAAGAAAUCACUCCAAUUUGCUGUCAUAGAUUUGGUAAAAAUAUAAUUAAAUCAAAUUAGAGAUAAAGUAGGUGUGAUAUUUUUUUUUCAUUGAAAUUAGAUGGAUUAUAUAUUUAUAAAAUUACGUAAUUAUUUCCCCACAAUAUUUGAGUGAUUUAAGCUCAGAAAAUCUAUAGGUUAAUUGUUUAAUUUAUUAAACAGUUUAUUCUGGAAAAAAAACAACUACAUUGUUGGCGCUUAAUAUAUUUGUCCUCAUGUUGUAAAUCACACCAGUCAUGCCAUUAUUUUUAUGUUAAUUUCCUAAGUGGGUGAUAAAACUGAUGUUCGAAGAUGUGUUAAAUAAUUUCAGUGAUGUAGAAAUUUAUCAUGUACAACUAGGAUUUUUGAUUUCUUUACCUGUGUGUGUGUAACGUGUUCUGCUUUCACAUUUUAGUGAAGAAUGAAGCUUCUUCUGUGAAGACUUAACUGCAAUCUGAGCCUUUUUUUAUACGUGGCAGACAAGAUAACAAAAUAAAUAUGAUUGCAUUUAAACGCU